CUGGAAAAUGAUUCUCCUACGCACAAGCUUUUAACAUCCCAGCCCACCGUACAGUGCUGCACCUCUCACAGCCCAGUCAGUGCUUCACGUCCCAGUCAGAAACAUCAUGGACCACAGGACUUUGUUUCUCUUCAUCAUUUUGCUGCCAUGGAUGCUCUCUUCAGCUGCAAAUAACAGAUUUUUUGAAGUUAAGAAACCUAAGAAUGAGGUUGUGACCAUAUCAGACUAUGAUACUCUGGGAGAUUCAGACACAAGUCCAAUAGCAGGAGCUUCCACAGAUGACAGUGAGUUGCCCACAUGCCUCCUGUGUGUUUGUCUGACUGGAUCUGUAUACUGUGAGGAGGUCUCCCCUGAGAUGACUGCAGUUCCAGCACUGCCCAAGGAAACUGCCUAUCUCUAUGCACGCUACAACAAAAUCACCAAAAUAACCAAUAAAGACUUUGCCGACGUUGCUACUCUGAGAAGAAUUGAUCUUACUGGAAACCUCAUCUCUGAGAUAGAAGAUGGGGCAUUUGCAAAACUUACUUUUCUGGAGGAGCUCACUCUUGCAGAGAAUAGACUGGCCAAGCUACCCAUGUUACCUGCCAAACUCAUUUCAUUCAAUGCCAAUUUCAACCGUCUUAAAACCAAGGGUGUAAAAUCAACUGCUUUUAAGAAACUUGACAAACUGUCGUAUCUUUACCUUGGGAACAAUGAACUGGAGGCAAUCCCACCAUUACCAGAGAGUCUUCGCAUCGUGCACCUAUAUAGAAACAACAUUGCUACCAUAUCAGAUGAGACUUUUUGCAAAACGAAUGACACCCAUUACAUCAGAGCCAACAUGGAAGAGGUGCGACUUGACGGCAAUCCUCUGUUGCUGGCUAAGCAUCCAAAGAGCUUCCUUUGUCUCAGGGCUCUGCCAAUCGGAAAUUACCACUGACAUGACCAUAUAGGAGAAACCUGCUCCAAUUUAAAGUUUCAGCGGAGGCGAUGCACUGUAGAGGAACGUCAUGAUUCAUUUGAAUGAUUUAAACAAUCUCCUUUUAUUAAGCAUACUUCAGAAAACAUUUGUUCUUUCACGAGUGCAGGUUGAUUAGUUGAAUAAUAAUCUAUCAAUUUAUCUUGCGACUGGACUGUAUUAUGCAUAUUGCUGUUUUAUUGUUAUGUUGAACUUGACAAUAUAUUUUCAUGUUAAAAACCA